AUGCAGAGCUUUCAAGUUAUCGAAGGAAGAAACACCGAGUACUGUGUUUUGAAACGUUUUGGACCAUCUACUGUUUUAAUAACAGAAGUCCUUUUACAAGCUGAUCGUUCUGCAAAUAUCAGUGUAAAGCUAGAUAAUUCAGGAUGGGCAUGUCUUGUUUGCGAUAGACGUCUUUUCAUCUGGAGAUACAAGCAGACACAGGCAGCUAGGAUUGGCAUGUGUUAUCAGCUGGCACUUCCAGCUACAGAGCUAUGUCACCGAGCAGACCUGACAUGCCUGAUUCCCACAGGGGGAGGCAGCAGCGGAGCCAACAGUCAGAUGGUAUCUGUCCUUGCAGUAUCUCCAGAGGGAGUUGUUCGCUACUGGCCUACAGCCCACAGAGAGAUUGCUUACUCAGAGCGAAGUUUAGAGCUUGCUGGCCAGGAGUGCUUUUCCCUGACGGCGUUUGGGAAACACCAGUGUAUAUUGGCAACUACUACAAAUCAAUUGAUGAUGAUCUCUGUUUCACCUUCAACCAUGCAGUCUCAAGUUGAAGUCCAUACAUUGAAAUCCAGUCAGGGAAUGAUAGCGAGGGUAUCUUCAUUUCUCUUCGGAGCUCAGAAAGAUGAAACAUCUGGACUUAGACGGGUUCUUGCUGGUUCAGCAGAGGCUUCGGGAUACCCUCUUUACAUCCUCCAAGACUCGGUCCUCCAGAAGUGGUUUAUAUCAGGACCUGGUCAGGAACAGGUUGUAUACGAGAAGCAGUUAGAUGGACUUUUCAAGCAACAGUUCCAAAGAGAAAUGGGUUCAUCUUCCAUGGAAAGCAUCAAAGUGUGGCUGCUUGAUAUUCAGCUUAUCUCAAACAUUGCUGUCAUUCUAGCAGGAGCAGUAAACACAUCAUCCCCAAACCAGAAGGUUAAGAUUGCUAUUGCUACCCUGAAAGUUCAACUCAACACAGACACACCAACCAAACUUGAAAGCUUUGUUAUGGUGUCAACACCUCAACAGGAUUCAAAUAAUGAGAAUGCCCUUGAUAAACAUCUCUUGCUUGCUAACCAUGGAGGCUCACAUUGUUACAUCUACUCACAGCACUCUGUAAUAUGCUGCUCAGGUUUAUUUGAUCAGGUGCCAUCAUUUCAAGAAGUUGGCUUCUCCAAAGCAGUUGAUUCCAUCAGAGGUGCAGGAUGUUCUGAUGGUCAGGCUAUUUUCUUCUCCAAUAACCAUGGUGUUGUCACAAUCAAUAUAUCGCAUUCAGAAUUGCCAAGUUUUGAUAUGGAUGACAGCAGGGCUGGACAAACAUCAAGACUAGAGCGUAGAAUACGUAUUACAGGAUUUGAGCAUCAAAUCAAACGGGUAACAUUUCGACAACAAUCAAUUCAACAGCAGUCGAUGCAGCAGACAUCCUUCUCCACACCAUUCACAAGAACUCGACCUCUUCAGGUCAUGUCAGCAUCGAGGUCACGACCAGACACGCCGACCCUGGAGACAACGAGAGACCAGGAAGAGGACAAGACGAAUGGACUCAAGAUGGCAUUCCUCUACUCAUGCCAACAUGAUAUGAAUAAAGCAGAGAACAUGGUCCAGGAUCUGUUUCUUCAAGACACGUUUGAGAGGGGUAAGACCAACUCCUCUUUAGACCUUGCAGUGGCUAAGCUGAGUCAGGAACUCAUUGAUGACUUCCCAGCAUCAGAUCCUAGAUGGGCAGAGUCUCUUCCUCAAGAAUCUGUAGCAUCCAGUGGAUCCCUGAUCCUCCUCUAUCAGCUGGAAGAUAAGAUGAAGGCCCAUGAACAUCUCAUCAAAUUCAUCAAGGAUGUCGGCAUCUGGGAUAUGCUUCAUUCGGUGAUAGUGAGGGACCUCCCACAGACGACACACAAUCUUCUCAACGAGCAUGCCGAGAAGCUCUCUGCUGCUAGGGCACUGUGUAACAAACAUAUCAAAUACCAAGGGUUGAUAGACACAGCUAUAUCCCGUGCAUUGAAGAAAAGGAAGCAAGAUACUGUUCCUUCUGGUCUUACUCCAAGGGAUGUCUUCUAUCGAGAGGUCUCUAAGAUAGAAGACAUUGUGGAAGCUUUAAUGGAGGAAGAGCAAGAUCUUCUAUCAAGUGGACUUACUCCCCAGGACACAGUCAGUCUUAUAUCCAGCAUUAAUUCUAUCAUUCAGAGCGUCCUUCAAGAAGGUUCUAUCCCAUGGAUUGCCUCCUCCGGUCCAAGGGGAAUACGUAUGUUGCUUGUACAACAGCAUAACUUGACAGUCGGAAGGGCUGUUGCCAAUGCCGAGGAUGCCCAGUCUCGCUCCAGCCUUUUCCAGCAGCUUCAAGGCAUCACAGACCUCUUGCUGAAUGGCUACAUUGCUCAGUUGGAAUCUUCCAAUCAGGCUGAGGGGGAGGACAGCCUGUUGUUUGCUGAGUUGGAGCAGAGAUAUACCCAGGAGAGGACAGCCCUUAUCUCCCCUUUCUUGGAGCAUAGUCAGUAUGAGAGAGCAGCUGUGCUUGCAGAGAAGUACUGUGAUUUUGCCAUCCUUGUGGAGCUUUGUGAAUCUGAAACAGGACGCAAGGAUAGGUUACAAUACUACAUGGAUAAAUUCUCAAACAAGGGCUUCUCUGAUUUUGUUUUCAAGUAUUACAUUGAUAGAGGUCAACGUGGUAAACUGCUGACCCAUUUUGCCCAUCGUCCUGAGCUGAGUGAAUUCUUACAGCCUCAUGACCAUCUUGGAUGGCUUCAAGAUAUCCACACCAGUAACUAUUCACAGGCACAAGAUACAUUGAGAAAACUCGCAGCUCGAGAGUCUUUCUCAGUCUCUAAGAAAAAAACACUACUCAGUUUAGGCAAGCUUGCUGCUCUAGCAUCUGACAAUAAUCAUCAGAGAGAGAUUAAUGAAAUCAAUGCAGAUUUGGACGUCAUCACACAUCAUGAACAACUUCCUAGAGAUCUUAUUCAGAAAUUGAAUUUAAAUGAAGUUGAUCUGCCUUGCAUGACUCCACAGCAACUAAUUGAGCUUUACAUCAGUGAGAAGAACAUAAACUCCAAUGAAUAUGACUUCAAGAAAGCUCUGGAUCUGCUUCAAUAUCUCCACAAGGAUGGAUCUCAGUACUCUGACCUGAGGUUAAGGAUAUGGUGCAGAGCCAUACUGCGAGAUGAAUGGAAUGAGAUGCAAGGUGUUGAUCCCUGGGAUUACUUCAAAGACUCUAUCUUCUUUAAGACAGCUGCCAAGGCACGGCAGGAAGGUCUUAACCUUAUGGAAUGCCUUCCUGACCCUGACGCACUGCUACAGCACUAUGAGCUGGAUAGAAUGAGAGACAAUGCACAGUUCCAGUAUCUCCUAAGGACAGGGUUUGAACAGAUCGGAAGGAGCCUUGCCGCAGCCGAGUAAACAAUUGUUUUUUUAAAGUGUAGCAUAUUUUUACUACAGACAUUGGGAGAAUCACUAUCUAUAAAAUUGGCUGUUGAAUGGAGGACCUUGUAGAAGGAUCACUUUUUUUCUCUCAUUGAAGAAAAAGUUGCAUAAGUCAAUCAUAUCAUAGAUGCAAGAUGAAUGUGGAAAAUGUUCCGCUUCUCGGACAAGUUGUAAAACUCUGGAGAUAAUAUGUUUCCAUGGAGGGUAGCUCAUAUUUUGCUGAUACUUUUCUUUGUUAAACAACAAUUGAACUGCCUGUAAUAGAGCUCCAUUUGUGGGGCUUAGCUUUCCCAGCAUAGAUAUAUUUUGGCUUGUUUCAGUCAUUGUCAGCCAGAGAAUGUUAGGUUAUAAGUAUCAACACAGAGCAUUACAUUGUGUUUGCUGAUUGUAAAAUCGCAUACCACUCUUAGGUGAUGUAAAACAACCAUUUGUUGGUAGUAAUAAUAAUAAUAGUGAUAAUUUAUUAGGUGCCAUAUCCAUCUUUUAAGAGAUGCUCAAGGCGCACAAGUGAAAGGGGAGCCAAACAAAAUAACAAACAAUAAAAAAAUUAUCAUUGAUGAAAUGAGUUAUAGAGGUAAGUAAAUGACUGAUUGAUAUUAUAAUGAAGUUUCAAUGUAGAGUAAAGCCUUCACCUCCAUGUUUAAUAAAUAUUUGUUAAUCAGGUUAGAUGUACAUUUAUGCCUUAACCAUAAACAUGAAGGGUCAUUUAGACCCAUGGUCAAGCCCAGCAGGAGUUAGGGCAGGGUCAUUUGGAUCCAUCUCCCAGCCAAAGAGGAGUUAAACCAUCUAACAACAUUUUAAUGAAGGAAUGUUUGCUGUCGACCAUGUAUCUGGAAUGAUAACUGGCUUUUAUGAUUUGCUUUAGAAACUUGUGACCAUCUCUUUCAAAGUGGGCAUUUAAAAAGUUCCUAGAUCUAUUAUAUUGCAGAUCCAGUAUAUUUUACUUAAGAUAAUCUGCUGUGACUAGAACAUAAGUACAGUUCCAGUAAAAGAAAGUCAUUAUGGUCGCAAUUCUCUUUUUGAUAUAUAUGCAAUUUUGUGUUGAUUGUAUUGUUUUAUUCUCCAUAAAUACCUAAUUAUAUAAAAAGUCAUUAAGAACCUAUAAAAAAACAUUAAUUACUAUUUUCAUACAAUUAACAAACAUUUUCCAUGAUUUAUUUCUAUUCCAUAUACAAGAUUAUAAUUUUCAUGGUCCAAAUGUUUUUUACCUUUUAUUUUCAAUUUAUUUCAAUCUUUACCAUUUUGGUUUAAAGUUAUUCCUGAAGUAUGGAAUUGGAUGUAAUCCUCAUAAAUACUUUUUUCCAUAUGAUACUUAUAUCUAUUGAUAAUUAAAUCUAUAAGAUAGAUAUUUAAAGUGCCUUAUGGAAAAUCAAAAAUUUACAUGAGGGCAGGUAAUCCAAUCAACAGUGAAUUUCAAAUAUUCAAGAAUCGGUGAAAACUUCCGCAAUGGUCACAUCUUCUAUGAUAAUCAUCCAAUGUAAUUCACAUUAAAUCUUUAGAUUAACUUUUUACAGUGCUUGAUCACUGAGAUUAUAAUUUACUGUAAGAACAGAUUUAUACAAAGGCCAGGCUUUGUUAUUGAUUUUGUAUUGUGUUGAAAGAAGUCAAACAUUGUUGUUUAAAUAUGUGUGCAAAAACUUGUUUGUAAAUAUGUCCCGAGAAUGACAUUAAAAUAUCAUUUUGUACAAUA